CUCGCAUUAUAACGCCAACUUCAUGGCAAUGCCAUCGGUGACAGACAACCGCGGCAAACUUCCGUUUCCUUUUACGUAGUGUGUUAACCAUGAAAGCCAAAGGAGAGUUGAAAGAAUUCGAAGUCAUCGGGCGUAAACUCCCGGGUGAAAAUGAAAAGAACACUCCUUUGUAUAAAAUGAGAAUCUUUGCGCCCGAUCGUAUUGUGGCCAAGUCCAGAUUUUGGUAUUUCUUACGGCAGUUGAAGAAGUUCAAGAAGUCAACCGGAGAAAUUAUCCAAAUCAAAGAAAUUUCCGAGAAGAGCCCGACUAAAAUCAAGAAUUAUGGUAUUUGGUUGCGUUACGAUUCGCGAUCUGGUACACACAAUAUGUACAGGGAAUAUCGUGACUUGAGUGUUUCUGGAGCUGUAACCCAAUGUUACAGAGAUAUGGGUGCUAGACACAGAGCCAGAGCCCAUUCUAUUCAAAUCAUCAAAGUUGAAGCAAUCAAAGCAUCUGCUUGUCGAAGACCACAAGUUAAACAAUUCCAUGAUUCGACAAUUCGAUUCCCAUUGCCCAAGAGAAUUCAAGGGAAAAGUCUGCGUGGCCGCUUCUCUGUGCGUAAACCUAAGACUUAUUUCUUAUAAAGUGUUAAUCGACAUAAGUUGAUAAUAAAUAAUUUGACAUUCGA